GACUAUAACAAAACAUAAAAAACAUCUCUAUAUUAAAACUGGUUUUGGUACCUUGCUGUUGAUCCUGUGAGAAGUGCUUGGACAGGUUUUGGUUUGGUUUUUUUUUUUUUAGGAAGAAGAGUCGUCUCCAGUUGAUAAUACGUCUGGGGAUGUGGGAUUUUCAGAGUGGAAUUUGAUAAAGUAGCUUUUGCAACUAUGUGGAAGAGCAGUCCAAAAAGAUAGUAUUGCCUAUGAUAAACUGAGCUAGCAUGGUUAUAUUUAGAGAAACUCAGUUAAAGUACCUCGUAAUUUUCGCUUGUUGGAAGAACUUGAAGAAGGGCAGAAGGGAGUAGGUGAUGGUACAGUAAGCUGGGGCCUUGAAGAUGAUGAAGAUAUGACACUCACCAGAUGGACAGGAAUGAUUAUUGGGCCACCAAGGACAAACUAUGAAAACAGAAUAUACAGUCUGAAAGUAGAGUGUGGACCUAAAUACCCAGAAGCACCUCCUACAGUUAGAUUUGUAACUAAAAUUAAUAUGAAUGGAAUAAAUAAUUCCAAUGGAAUGGUGGAUGCACGGAGCAUACCAGUGUUAGCAAAAUGGCAAAAUUCAUAUAGCAUUAAAGUUGUACUUCAAGAGCUAAGACGUCUAAUGAUGUCCAAAGAAAAUAUGAAGCUUCCACAACCUCCAGAGGGACAAACUUACAAUAAUUAAUUUUAGCUGAUUCUCAAACUUCUGUCUUAAAACAACAACCUUCUACUCAUGUAAUGUCUUGAUUAAAUCUCACAAUGCAAACACCCACACAUUAAAGAAUUUCAGCUGGUAUACAUGACCUGGACAUUUGUAAGAAUAUAUAUAAUAUAUGUAUGCCCAAUAUGUUUUCAGGCACUAUGGGAGAAAAAGGCAGCACAAUUAUUUUUUUCUCUUACUGAGGCACUGUCAUUUAAGCAUAAGCCUGAAAUAGCCUAUAAUUGGAAUUCAGGUUUUACAAGAUGAAAGCAUGACAGAAAGUGUCAGAUUGCUGUGGAAUAAUAUAUGUUACUGAAAAUAAUUUCUGGAGAAGGCAAAAUAUAAAUGGCAUGCUUUAUCCAUCUUGCUUAGUAAAAGAGCUGCAGUUAAAUUUGUUUUAAGGUAGCAGGUACAGUGAAUACCGUUGCUCAUCUUGUUUAAUUUUGCAAGGGUGUGGGUGCCGACUACUAGUAGUGUCACAAAGUAUGUUCAGGAUUGUUUUGAUACCUGUGUUUAUAAAACGGGGGGAUUAAUUUCUGUUAAGCAGCUCCUGUGUUACAUGUAUUGGACAUGGCAAAUAUUUGUUUACAGUCUUUGUUCUAAUAAACCAUGCAUUUAAGUUUUAGUGAAACAAAGGAAAUGUAUGGAUAUGUGAUUGAGAUUAAAGUUAGUCUUAAAAUGUAAAUAAAAUGUGGAAAGUGUC